UAAAUAUUAAAUAACUUUAAUUUGUUUGUUAUUUUUUUAAUUUUUUCAUUUUUUGAUUGUCUUAAUAAUAAUUAAAAAUCAAAAGUAGACUAAUUUUUUUUAUAAGCUACACAUAAAUAAAAUAAUAUGAGUCAGCAACAAUCUUAUCAAUUAGCUACUUCUUCUAAGGAAGAUCAAUCAAACUAAAAGCUACAAGAGGCACCAAAUAAUUCUUCAAGCAAUCAAGAUAAUAGCAAUAAGUAUCUUGAGAAGAUAAUUUAAUAGUAUAAGGAAACAACCAAAAGUUCAUCUUAGACUCACACACCCUCUUCCUUUGGGAAUAGCUAAUAUACUAAUACGAACAUUAGCAAUAUCUCUUCUUUGAAAACUGAAGAGGCAGCAUUAAAAAAUCAAUUAGCAAGCAUCGGCGAUCAGGGAAAUACAAACCAAGUAGAUCAAAAGAAUAAUUUUUCAAACUUACCACCCAUGAUUCCUAAGGUUUCAAAGCCAGGUGAACCUUCCUCUCUUGGGUAGCUUGGAUAAAAUAGCUAAAUUAGCAUAGAAAAUAUAAAUAAUCUUAAAAACAGUGCAACAAAAUUGAAUUAAAAUGUAUAAAAUUUAACAACAGUUGAACCUUAUGAGCCUUAUCGUAAAAAUGCUCAUCAGAGGUAAUCAAGCAUGAUACACUUAAACGGAUCCAGUUCAUCAAGUUAACUUUAAAGUUUGGUUGCUAAGGGUUCAGAUACGACAACUAAUAACUAAGCAAAUAGUAAUAGCUAGCAGUAAUAGGCAGGCAUGAAGUUAUCAUAAACAUUAGGAGAAAAUAGUAUCAAGCAAUUAGUAGCAAAUAAAAUAGAUGCAAUUAAAAAGUAGUAAGACAUUAAUAGCGCAGCAAAUAGUCAAUUUAAGAAGGAGUUUAUCAAUUAGUUUGUAGCAACAUAAUCAGGACACUCUAACUCUACUGAUAUAUUAAAUAAACAAAGUAGGUUGUCUUUCUAAGGUGAUUUGACUCCUGUAAUUCCUUACGAAUCUUAUUAUACAAAAUAGCAGAUGAGAAAUAGCAAAAAAUUAGAAAAUACAAAUGAAAGCCUUAAGCAAUAAAAUAAAGAUAUUGGAAGCAGCAUCACCAAUAAUCUCCUUCAACAAAAGAGUGAUUAAAAAGAAAAAAAGCUCCUAACUUAAUCAUAAUUUGAUUUAUAGCUUUAGAAGUACAAACAAUCGCUAAUGAAUAAUUUAAAUUUGGACACAUCUAAAAUCAAUGAAAGCGAGAAGAAGUAAGAAUUAAGCGGCUCUUCAGCUUUAUUAGCAGAUUCUGUCAUUAACUUAACUGAAUCAAUUACAGGAUAAAAUUAAUCUAAAUAAAUCAGCAGCAUUUAAGUACCUGCCUCGAAAGUACAAGACAGUUUUAGCGAUAGACUACUACAUUUUUAAUAUACUAGCAAAAAUCCAGCUGCCAAUAACUCAGCUAUAGAGUCACCAGAUGGUUCAGCUAAGAAUUCUUAAUAAAAUUAGUUAAAAUCUCAUGUUCCAUCAGGAACUCUAACAGCAGGAGCAACUCCAACAAAUAAUCAAAAUACCCAUCAUUCAUUUAAGAAUAGCAUAUUUUAUAAUCAAAGUCAUCAAAAUGAAAACAAAGCUAGUUAAUUUCAGCAACCACAAAAGUAGAAUCCAAUCGAUAUUUAUAAGUAUGACUUCACGUCUAAGAAUAUGUAAGCAGCAAAAAACAAAAUAUUAUCCGAAGUAAGCAGUGAGUUUAGUGAAACUAAUUUAUAGAAAAUAAAAGAAAGACUAGUCUCUGAACCUUCUUAUGAAACAGGAAAAUAAUAAACUGAUGAAAAUAAAAACAACACCAGUUAUUAAGAAAAAAAUAUAGAUUAUAGUUAUCUUGAUUAAAUGAUACCAACAAAUCUUAGGAAAAAUAAAUAUGGUUAAGAUAAACAACGCUCUAACACGAUUGCCAUCAACUUUCCUCUACCUUCAAAAAAUGAAAUUCUUUAAUACGAGGCUAACCAAGAGACAAUAAAGUUUUCCUUCAAUGCUGAAAAAACCAGCAGUAAUAAUUAAAAAAAUAAUGAGGUUCCAUUUAACUUUGCAGGAAAGAUUUCUUUAGAAACAAAUUAGUAAAAAUAAAAUUUGCUUGAAGAGAAAAGUUCAAGUAAAAUUAGUAGCAACUAAAUGGAUUUAAACAAAUGGUUCUAUAACUAAAAUUUUUCAAAUCAAUUUGUCCUUCCUACAUAUAAUACAAAUUAACAAGCAAGUAAUUAAAAUAAUACUGGUAAUACUACUACUGUACCUCAGUAUACUCAUUUUAAUAGUUCUUCUCCUAUGCAUUCUAAAAUAGCCUCAAACAAUUUUUAAAAUUAUACAGGCACUCCUCAAAAUAUUUCAAGUUAAAACAGCACUCAGAAUAAUAACCAAAGUAAUACAAGCUUCUCUAAAGAUUCUGCUAAAACAUUUUCAAUUAAUAUAUAAAAUACAAUAGAUAAUUUACCAAAUAAUUAAGCUCCAUUAUUAAAAUAAGAUUAACCUACAAAAGAAUCAGGCUAUUUUAAGGAUUCAUUUAAGAGUAUUUUAAGCACACUAAACAAUAAAUAGGCAGCAUCUGGUUCAAACACUACAACUGCUGCUAUGGCUUCAAAAAAUAAUGCCAAACCAAGAGAGACUAGAUAGUCAUAAAAUGAAGUAUAGAAUCGUAGCUUUAGAAGUAGCAGUAACAAUGCAAACUCAACUUCAUUAAGAGAAUUCAAUAUCUAAGAUUUUAUCAAAAACGAAAAAAUUAAUGAUAUUAGCACAAAAUUACCAACAUAACCUACUGAAGAUUUAAACAGAAAAGCCAAUAAACAAGAAGAAAGAUAGCUUAAUUAGAGUAUAAACAGCAAUAGAGCGAAUAGUAUUAUCAAUUCAGUUGAGUUAUUCAAAAGAGAUUUGAAUUUAACAACAAAACUUCCCAGCACAUAGUAUUUAGAUGAAAUUCUUGGAAGAAAUAAGUCGAUCAGCAAUUAAGGAUCUAGUGAAGCAGAGUACCAAUAAAAUUAAAACCUUUCAAAAUUUUCAACAAUUUCUCCUUUGUCCAAAAACUAAAGCGUGGAAUUUCAAAUUUUCACUAAACUUCCUGAAAAAAGAGAAGAAAAAAGUAACAGUAUUUCUAUUAAUUCAAAUAUACCUAUGAAAUAAAGUAAUUUAAUUUCACCAAGAAAGUUGUCUUUUUAAGCUGAAAGCCUUAAAAUUUACUAUGAUAAAACAGAUUUUAAAACACAAUCACAGAAUUUUAAAAGCAAAAAUGACAUAAAUUAAAAUAAUAUUUACUAAAUUAAGAAUGAAUUAGCUUUUUAUUAAUAAAGUACUGAAUAAUUUGAUAAGCAAAAUAAUCAAAAACCACCUUUAUAUGAUCCCAACAACAUAAAUAAUAAAUCUAAAGACAAUAUCUUAAAUUUAGCUUAAUAAAACUCAAAAAACUAAAUAGAAAAAAUUUAAAAAUCUUAGUAAGAAAAUAAUUCUUAAUUUGACAAAAAUUAAGAUAUCAAAGAAUCAUUUGGCAUUUUACCUUAAAUAGCAUCACUGCAUUAAUCUAAUAAAAACUCAAAUAAUUAAAGUUUUAGCAAUAUGAGUGUUACUAGUGAUCAAAAUUAAUAAUAAUCCAUAUCACAAUUAAAUCAAUAAGCAAAUACAAGUGUUAAUGACUACAAGUCUCUUGGAUUAAUUAACUCAUUUAAUAGCUCUGUUUAAAAUCUUUAAAGCAAAGCAGAAGAAUGUAGCAAUAAUAAAGAUAGCUCUUCAUAAUCAUCAGAUAGUAAUAUAAAAGCGGGUGAUGCAGAUAAUUCUUCUAAUUAAUUAUAAAGAAAAUUAAAUAAAGCUGCUACUAGCAUAAAUUAUACAUAAACAGCACUUAAAAGUGCCACAUAAAAUUAAAAUAUUUUGUAAAAUACUCCUAACUAUUUUACUAACCCAUUCAGUAUUGAUUAAACUUCUACAACUUCAGCUUAAAUAUUUGUUUCCCCUAAAUUUGAAGGUGCUGAUAAAGAUUCCACUCCAGUUGUAACUCCAGCUCCUUUUAGUAAUAGUGUUAGCACAAAUUCUAAAAAUAUUUAGCAUAACAAUGAAACUUCUAAAUAAGUCAAUCCUUUCGAUAUAAUAGGACUUGAAGACAUUCUGAAAUAAAAAGAUUUACUUGAACAUAAUUCAAAAAUCUUAUAAAUGGCAAUGACUGCUUUUAACAUAAACGGAGAAUAGAUUUUAAGUGAUGAUGGAAUAAUUUCAGAUGAAAAAAUUGCAAAAAUAUUAUAAAGUAAUGAAAAAAGAAGCAAACAAAAUGAGUAAAUGGUUAAAUAAAAUGAAGAGCUUUAUGAAAAAAUUAAAAAAACCUUAUAUGGUUUAGAAAAUGACUAAUCUACUUCUCAAUAAAAGACACUUCUUUUGCAAGAAAGGUAAUCUAAAAAAUAAUACACCGAAACUAGUAAUUUUUCAGUUUUGCCUUAAGAAUCAUAAGCUAUUAAGUAAAUUCAACAAUCUGAUUCAAAUAAAACUUUUCAAUAGUUGUUGGAUGCAUAAAAAAAUGUAUUACCAAGUUCGCACGCUAACCAAAAAUUUGAUAUAAGUAAUGUUAAUAUUCAAUUACCUGCUCCUCCAGCUUAAACACUUUCUAAAGGUAGUCCAGAUAAAGUCGGAUAGCAUUUCAAAAGUGAAAAUACAUCUUCAACCAACAAAUAUCAUUAAUCAAAUAGUGGUAACGCUUCACCUGUAAAUGUCAAUAUUAAUGAUUUACUCAAGCCUAUAACUCCACAGCCGAAAGAAAGAAUGCUAUUCACUAAAGAUGAUGUUUUACAAUAAAAAAGUAAUAAAAAGAGCUCUGGUAAAAAGCCUAGCUCUUCACAUCACUUCAAACCAAAAAAGAAAGAAGAUUAAGAAAAAAGUGCCUUUAGCAAUAUUUCACCAAAUAAAUCAUCUGAAAAGGGAGAACUUGGAAUAUCGCAGAACUCAUAAAAAAUAAAUAGUAUUUUUUAAAAUAAUGGCUACUCAUCCUCUCAAUCAAGUUCUUCUCAACUAUAGCCUAAUAAGUCAGGUAACUUAGAUUUCACUUCAAAUAGAGCUGAGGGUAGCUUCACUUCUAGCUCUUCUUCAAACACUGCUCACCGCGAAUCUUAUGGUUUCUCUUCAAGUCACUCUCCAGUUACAACAAAAAGACCCUUAAUAUUCCCUGAAAAUAACACAAUUGAAAGCAAAUUUUCAUAAGAGCAGCAAUAAAAGUCUAAUUUAAUAGUCACAUAAAAAGUUUAAUACCUAAAAAAUCAGAAUAGCUUAAAUAAUAACAGUUUUUCUGAACACAAGUUUGCAAAUUCUCUAAACACAUAGGAAUUUCAUUCAAGUGAUACACUAAAUAAUCUCAGUGCAGGAAACAAUAUUUCUAAAAUUCUGCAAAACACAAAUUCAGAAGGAUAGAAUGCUGUAGUGACAGUCUAAGUUUAAGUAAAAUAAAUGCCUUUGCCAACUAAAUUUAUGAAGAAAUAUAAAUUACCUAACCCAAGAAACGAUCACAUUUUAUUUAACAAUUUCUUUAAGAAAGAAAAUUUCAAAAUUGGUAAACACUUGGGUACCGGUAAAUUUAGUGAAGUUCACAUGGCUUAGGAUUUAAACACAGGAUUGAUUGUUGCUCUGAAAAAGAUAAAAAAGGAAGUCCUUAUCAAAUAUAAAAGUGAAGAUUAUCUUGAAAAUGAAAUUAAAAUUUAAAUAUUCUCAAAUCAUCCAAACAUCCUUAAGCUGUAUGGAUUUUAUUAUGAUGAAGAAUUUGUUUAUUUAGUGCAAGAGUAUGCUUCACACGGGGAGUUGUAUCAAGAAUUAAAGAGAUAGCCCAAUUAAAGAUUCGAUGAAAUCAAAGGAGCUGCUUACAUGAGAUAAAUUUGCGAUGCUUUCACUUACCUACAUCGCUAUCAUAUUAUCCAUAGAGAUAUUAAACCAGAAAAUAUUCUCAUGUCAUUUGGAGUCCUUAAAAUUGCUGAUUUCGGUUGCAGUGUUUAUUGUCCAGAUGAUAGAAGAGAGACAUUCUGUGGUACAAUUGAUUAUAUUAGUCCUGAAAUCGUUAAUGGAGAAGCUUAUGGAUAAAGUGUUGACAUUUGGAGUUUAGGUAUAUUGACCUUUGAGCUCUUGACUGGAAAGUCUCCUUUCCAAUACGAAACUAAGAAUGAAAUUUUAGUUAAUAUUCUCAAUAUGAAUAUAAACAUUCCUAACUAUUUAUCAGAAGAAGCUAAAGACUUCAUUAAAAGCUUGCUUGUAAGAGAUCCCUCAAAGAGAAUGACCAUGGAUCAAGUUGUUAACCAUAAAUGGAUUGUUUAGAAUCUAUAAAAAUACUCAUAAGAAUGGGAUGCUGAUCUUGCUUAAAAAUGCAAAAACAUGGUUAUAUGA